AUGCCGAAUACAUCAAGCUUCACACUCACGCCUAUCCAUCAGUCCAUACGGUAUUAUCUUUCAAUGAGCAACCUCAACUGCAUCAGCCGCCGGCUCAAUUCAGAAAUUGAGACAACUUUUAUCCCAGAGCUUUCCCUCGAAGGAAGCGCUUGCUCUGCUCAAGAGACGCAAUAUGAGUGGUCAAACGAGAUAUAUUUUCACAAUGGACGCUUUUUGCAGAAACAAGAAAUACACACCGCGUUUUACAAGAAUCACGAAAGUUCACCGGAACACUUCAUAGGCUGCCCGCAUCAAAACCUGACGGUCCAUACGCCGCACUUUGGGAUUCGAGAUGGCAUGUGUGAAGCAGAAGCGUGGGUGAGAAGCAUACCGCCACGUUGUUCGUCUCAUCCGAUGCAGAAAUGGAACAACUUCCAAGGGCCCUACACCCAUAUAACCUCAUGUACGAUAUGUCACUCCGAUACGGAGUGUUACAUACAACUAAAUGGGGCCUUCCUUGAUAUAAGGUAUACUUGCUACAGAGAUCUGGGAGCAGGGCUGGAUCCCAACGACCCCAAAUGGCGUGCUUUACUAACAGGCACCGGCGUCAAUCAUCGGCCACAAUAUGAGUUUGAGGUUCUUAAACGAGUUUGGCUUACGGCUCGGCAACUGGAGCGACGUGGCCUUGAAGAAGUUACUCAUCACACACCCAACGGGGUGUUUCAUGUGCGCUCUCAAGAACGCGAUGAGGCAUAA